AUGAGCAAAAAAUCCAAAAUUAUUGACACGACAGAAGACGAUUAUACAGGAGAUGAGAAGGACGAAAAUCAGGUAGAAAAUGUCGAGACUACCAACAAUGAACAAGUCAAUACAGAAAAUGAAGUUAAGGAAACGAACUCUGUGGAUGAAGAAGACGAUCCAUUUGGAGGACCUUCUUCCCCCGAGAAAGAUGAUGACAGUGAGGAAUACGAGGUAUCCGAUGGAGAAAUUAAUAAACCAAGAAAAAGACUGAGAAGAGGAAUAGGAAAAACAAGAUCAAAAAAGAUAAAGUUAGAAUCUGAUGAUGAAGAAUUUAAAGCAGAGGAUGCUGAUUCUGGUGAAGAAGAUGAUGAAUUAAUACUAUCAGAUGAUGAUGAAUAUGUUGAAAGACGGAAAAAACGUGAAAAUUUUAUCGUUGACGAUGAAAAUGAUUGGGAUGAUAAUGAAGAUGAUUAUGAUACUAAACCGAAGAAAAAAAGAGGACGUAAAAGAAAGGAUAGGUCCGUAUCAGUUGAACCAAGAAGAACAACAAGAUCUGGUCGAUCCUUGAAUGAAGAAGACGAUCUGACUUUAAUUGGAAAUGAAACGAGAGAGGAAGAAGGAGAUAUUGAUGAUAUACAAAAAGAAAUAGCAGAUUUAUAUGAUUCUUCACCAAUGCAUGAAUCUGAACCUUCACAACAUAAAUUACGUCAAAGAACAAAAGUUGAUUAUACUAUUCCACCUCCAAUCAAUAAUGAUUUAUUUACUGAAAGACCAACUACACCAACGAAUGUUAGAGGUAGACGUGGAAGACCUACUGCAAAACCAAAUGAAUUCCGUAAAAUACUAUAUCCAACAGCUGGACCAUUUGGUGGAAGUGAUGUUAUUUCUUUAUUUGGAACAAAUAUACCUCCAGGAGGAAUACCAUUACCUGGAUUGACUAAUACAAAUAAUUUGACCGCCAUUGGUCAAAAUGUUAGUGAUUCUGAUACAUCAGAAGAUGAAAUAGCACCAAUGAAUGGAGAAGCUACUGUAAGUAAAAAACAACCAAAAAUAAGAAAAGGAUCUGAGGGACAAUUAAUUACUGGUGGGAGUGAUGAUAAAAAGAAAAAUAAAAACAAUCUAAGUGAUACUGAUCCAUUAGGCGUUGAUAUGAAUAUUGAUUUUUCAGUUGUUGGUGGUUUAGAUAAUUAUAUUAAUCAAUUGAAAGAAAUGGUGGCACUACCGCUUUUAUAUCCUGAAUUAUAUCAAAAUUUUGCAAUUACACCACCAAGAGGAGUUUUAUUUCAUGGACCACCAGGUACUGGUAAAACAUUAAUGGCAAGAGCAUUAGCAGCAAGUUGUUCAACGGCAGAACGUAAAAUUACGUUUUUCAUGAGAAAAGGAGCUGAUUGUUUAAGUAAAUGGGUUGGUGAAGCUGAAAGACAAUUGAGAUUAUUAUUUGAAGAAGCUAAGAAUCAACAACCAUCAAUCAUUUUUUUUGACGAAAUUGAUGGUUUAGCUCCCGUUAGAUCUUCAAAACAAGAACAAAUUCAUGCAAGUAUAGUUUCAACUUUAUUGGCAUUGAUGGAUGGUAUGGAUAAUAGAGGACAAGUGAUUGUAAUUGGUGCAACAAAUAGACCUGAUGCAAUUGAUCCUGCAUUACGUAGACCAGGUAGAUUUGAUAGAGAAUUUUAUUUUCCUUUACCAGAUAUAAACGCAAGAAAAGAAAUACUUCAAAUUCAUACAAAAAAAUGGACGCCUCCUUUAACUGAUUCAUUUGUUGAGAAUCUUGCUGAACUUACAAAAGGAUAUGGAGGUGCGGAUUUACGAGCAUUAUGUACAGAGGCUGCAUUAAAUAGUAUUCAAAGAAAAUAUCCACAAAUUUAUGAAACAAAUCAUAAAUUAGCAGUCAAACCUGAAAAAGUGAAGGUAAUUGCCAAAGAUUUCAUGAGAGCUUUGGACAAGAUUGUACCAUCAAGUGCCAGGUCAACUUCAUCUGGUUCUUCUCCACUACCGGAACAUUUAAAACCACUACUCCAAUCUAGUUAUGACAAUAUAAUAUUAAAAUUAAAUGAUUUAAUUCCCAACUCGGUACAAGUUCCAGGUCGUCAAAAAUUAACAGCAUUGGAGGAAGCUAAAUAUCUUGAUCCAACGGUGAAUGACCCAGAUGGCGGAUUUGCGAAACAACAAUUAUUGAAAAGCCUUGAAAGUUCUAGAGUAUGUAGGCCACAAUUAUUAGUAAGUGGUCAUGAAGGUAAUGGUCAACAAUAUUUAAGUGCUGCUGUUCUUAAUUAUUUGGAAGGUUUUCAAGUACAAUCAUUAGAUUUAGGUACUAUGUUUGGAGAUUCAACUAGAACUGCAGAACUGACUAUUAUACAAACAUUUAUUGAGGCAAGAAGACACCAACCUGCUAUUAUAUUAAUACCCACAAUUGACGUAUGGUUUCAAAUUUUACCUGAGUCUGCACAAGCUACCUUAUCAAGUUUACUUCGUGGUUUAAAAAGUAAUGAAAAAAUCUUACUUUUAGGAUUUGCUGAAACGACUUUAGAAGAUUUAGACGAUAAAAUUAAACUUUUAUUUGGAUUUGAAAGUUCUCAAAAUAACGUUUUACUACAAAAUCCAAAUAAAUCUGAGAGAUCCAAAUAUUUCCAAACGUUAUGGAAAACCAUACAAAUGAAACCCUACGAAUUUAUAAAUGAUAUACAAAAUAGACCAAAAAGAAAAUUAAAAGAAUUGAGGAUAGUUGAGCCGGAGUUUAAUCCAAAUAGUACAGAAAUGACGAAGAAAAAAUUAAAAGAACAAGAAUAUCAAGAUACUAAAUUGAAAAACGUACUUAAAAUCAAAUUAGCUGGUUUAAUGGAUUUAUUCAAAGUAAGGUAUAAACGUUUUAAAAAGCCAAUAGUUGAUGAAAGUUUCUUGUAUCAUUUGUUUGAUCCUGAAAUCUUACAAAAUCCUUUCUCCAAUUAUCAAGUUCAAUAUAUAAGAUCUGAUGAUCAAGGUAAAGAAAAUAUGAUAAAGGAACUUGCCACUGGGAAAAAUUAUUACAAUAUGGAUCUAGAUACUAUUGAAGAAAGAUUAUGGAAUGGUUUUUACAGUGAACCAAGGCAAUUUUUAAAAGAUUUGAAAUUAAUUUUGAAAGAUUCUAUAACAUCAGGUGAUAGAGAUAGAAUUUUGAAAUCAAAUGAAAUGAUAACAAAUGCACAAUUUGGUAUUGAUGAUUUUUCGACACCUGAAUUUUUAAAGGCUUGUCAAGAAGUUAGAGAAAGAGAUUUGAAAAAACAAGAGAAAUUGUUGAAAGAGCAUGAAGAGUUGAAAAAACAAUUGGAAAAUCAACCACCUACUGUAAUUGAUUUAGUACAGGAGCAAGAAGUAAUUGCAAAUGGAUCAAAAACUGGCGACAAUGUUGUGACAGAGCAAAUUAUUACUCAAAACGGUACACUUGAAGCUCCUAUUUCAUUACGUCCAUUCGAUAAAACCGAUUCAAUGAAUUUGUUAGGUAAUGGAAAACCUCAAAAUGUUGAGAAUUCUGUGCCAGUAGAACCUGCGCAAAACUUAAUUCAAAAACCAACUUCAAUUCAAGUUCAAAAACAAGUGGAAGAAGAAGAAGAAGAAUCCGAAUCCGAAGCUGAAGAACUUGUAGACAUUGAUACAACAAAAGAAAUCAAAAUUAAUAAAUCACACUUGACAGAUUUGGAACAUAAACUAGUUAAAGCCACCAAAAAUUACAGUGUCGAUAAGCUAGAGAUGAUAAUGUCAAGAUUAAUGGAUAUUGUUUGGAAGGACAGAAACGAAUGGGAUAAAUCAAGUACGGUACAAAACAUUGAAAAACUAUUAUCUUCCCUAACAUAA